AUGACUGAGCUGAGGGCAAAGGAUCCGCGGGCUCCUCAUGCGGCGGGCAGCGCGCCCUCCCCCCCAGAGGUCGGGUCCUCCUUGCUGGGGCACCAGGACCCUGGUCCCUUCCAGGGAAGCCAGCCUCAGGACGCAUCGCCUGUAGUCCCAGCCAUCCCCAUCUCCCUGGACGGUCUGCUGUUCCCUCGUCCCUGCCAGGGACAGGAACCCCCAGACGGAAAGACGCGAGACCCGCAGUCGCUGUCAGGCGUGGAGGGUGCAUAUUCUGAAGUCACCGAGGGCGCAGGAGUUGGCAAUCCUAGAGUGUCCGAAAAGGACAGCAGACUAUUGGACAGUGUCUUGGACACUCUGCUGGCACCCUCGAGGCCAGGACAGAGCCAAGCCAGCCCUCCAUCCUGCGAGGCCAUCAGCCCUUGGUGCCUAUUUGGCCCCGAGCUUCCCGAAGACCCCCGCGGUGCCAUUGUCACCAAAGGAGUGCUGUCCCCGCUCAUGAGCCGGCCAGAAAGCAAGGCUGGUAACAGCCCCGGGGCUGGAGCGCCGCAGAAGUUGCUGCCCAGGGGCCUGUCGCCGUCCGGGCAGCUGCUGCUCCCGGCCUCUGGGAGCCCUCAUUGGCCGGGACCCGCGCUGAAGCCACCUCGGCAGCCAGCGGCGGUGGCGGUGGAGGUGGAGGAGGAGGGUGGCCCGGAGGCCGAGAUCUCGGCAGGUCCGCUUCUGAAGGGCAAACCUCCUCGGACUCUGGCAAUCUCUGCGGGCGGAGGAGGAGUCGCGGCCAGCGCGCCCGGGGCGGCCGCAGGAGGCGUCACCCUAGUGCCCAAGGAGGAUUCCCGCUUCUCGGCUCCUAGAGUCGCCUCAGCUGAGCCGGAGACGCCGGCUGCGCCCGGGCGCUCCCCACUGGCCACCACAGUGGUGGAUUUCAUACACGUGCCCAUCCUGCCACUGAACCAUGCCAUCCUGGCCGCCCGCACCCGGCAGCUGCUGGAAGGGGAGAGCUACGACGGCGGGGCCGCGACGCCAGGCGCGUUGGUCCCGCCUCGGGAUUCGCCCUCCUCCGCCCCGUCCCCUCCGGUCCCCUGCGGCGACUUCCCGGACUGCGCCUACCCGCCGGACGCCGACCCCAAGGAAGACGCGUUCCCUCUCUACGGCGACUUCCAACCUCCGGGCCUGAAGAUCAAGGAAGAGGAGGAAGGCGCGGAGGCCGCCGCGCGCUCCCCGCGCCCUUACCUGGUGGCCGGUGCCAGCCCCGCCACCUUCCCGGAUUUCCAGCUGGGCGCCCCGCAGCCACCCGUGCCACCGCCGCCCCCCUCCAGGCCCGGGGACGCGGCGGCGCCUGGCGCCCCCAGCAGCGUCCCGGGGUCGACGGCGGGGUCCCCGGCUGGGUCCACCCUGGAGUGCAUCCUGUACAAAGCGGAGGGCGCGCAGCCCGCUCAGGGUGCGUUCGCGCCGCUGCCCUGCAAGGCUCCGGGCACCGGCGCCUGCCUGCUCCCGCGGGACGGCCUGGCCCCCGCCGCCUCCGCCUCCGCCGCCGCCGCGCCCGCGCUCUACCCGCCCCUAGGCCUCAACGGGCUCCCGCAGCUCGGCUACCAGGCGGCCAUGCUCAAGGACGGGCUGCCCCAGGUCUACCCGCCCUAUCUCAACUACCUGAGGCCGGAUUCAGAAGCCAGCCAGAGCCCUCAGUACAGCUUCGAGUCAUUACCUCAAAAAAUCUGCUUAAUCUGUGGGGAUGAAGCAUCAGGCUGCCACUAUGGUGUUCUUACGUGUGGGAGCUGUAAGGUCUUCUUUAAAAGGGCGAUGGAAGGGCAGCAUAACUAUUUAUGUGCUGGAAGAAAUGACUGCAUUGUUGAUAAAAUUCGCAGAAAAAACUGCCCAGCGUGUCGCCUGAGAAAGUGCUGUCAGGCCGGCAUGGUCCUUGGAGGUCGGAAGUUUAAAAAGUUCAAUAAAGUCAGAGUUAUGAGAACACUAGAUGGUGUUGCUCUCCCUCAGCCAGCGGGCCUUCUGAACGAAAACCAGGCUCUGACCCAGAGAAUCACGUUUUCACCAAGUCAAGAGAUCCAGCUGGUCCCCGCACUUAUCAACCUGCUGAUGAGCAUUGAGCCAGAUGUGAUCUAUGCAGGACAUGACAACACAAAGCCGGACACCUCCAGCUCUUUGCUGACAAGUCUCAAUCAACUAGGAGAGAGGCAACUCCUCUCAGUAGUCAAGUGGUCUAAAUCGCUGCCAGGUUUUCGAAACUUACAUAUUGAUGACCAGAUAACACUCAUACAGUACUCAUGGAUGAGCUUAAUGGUAUUUGGACUAGGAUGGAGAUCCUACAAACAUGUCAGUGGGCAGAUGUUAUAUUUUGCACCUGAUCUGAUCUUAAAUGAACAGCGGAUGAAAGAAUCAUCAUUCUAUUCACUGUGCCUUACCAUGUGGCAGAUCCCACAGGAGUUUGUCAAGCUUCAGGUCACCCAUGAAGAGUUUCUCUGUAUGAAAGUGCUGCUGCUUCUUAAUACUAUUCCUCUGGAAGGGCUGAGGAGUCAAAACCAGUUUGAGGAGAUGAGGUCAAGCUAUAUCCGGGAGCUCAUCAAGGCAAUAGGCCUGAGGCAGAAAGGAGUUGUACCUAGUUCUCAGCGCUUCUAUCAACUUACAAAACUUCUCGACAGCUUGCAUGAUCUUGUCAAACAGCUUCACCUCUACUGCUUGAAUACGUUUAUCCAGUCCCGGGCACUGGCUGUAGAAUUUCCGGAAAUGAUGUCUGAAGUUAUUGCUGCACAAUUACCCAAGAUUUUGGCAGGGAUGGUGAAACCUCUUCUCUUUCAUAAAAAGUGA